AUGGACAGGUGUGGGCAGGGCAUGGACCUGGCGCUGGUUGCUUUGGGCCGGAAGUCACCUCCUUCCUGGGCGCUGUGGGUUCGGGAAAGGGUUGCGGAGCCCUCGAUCCGAGGAAUCUUGCCCCAGGCCAAGCAAGUCUGUGAAGUCGUCCUGGGGCUGGGCGUCUUGGGUGUCGGUCUGCUCUUGGGCCGUGGGAGGCGUGGUGUGGGCUUCCUGGGCUGGGGCCGGCUGUGGCUGUGCCGGCGGAGGGCUGAUGAUAGAGAAAGGCACCACCGGGCCCGCAACAAACGGCGGGGCCCAAAUGUUGAACCGCAUGGAGCGCACUUCCUGGGCUCGGGGGUCUCCCUGGUCGGCAUGGGCAAUUGGGCUGGCGUCGUCGGCUUCGGUGAUGUGCACCCUGCCUCUCUGGUCCUUUCUGAGAAUCCAGCCGUCCGCUCCGAAGACAGAGCACGUGAUCUUCUUAUGGGCUGGUUCUGGCUCUUGCGGCAUAGGUGGCGGUGGGGCUUUGGUUCCCGGCGGCUGAAGGGGAUCUUGGGCCUGCUGAGGCGGGUGUGCGGGCUGUGGGCAUGGGGAAGGACCCUUGGGCUGGGCUGGCUGUCCCUGGGCGGGUUCUUCUUCCAGAGUGAACCAGUAGGAGUCCCAGUCCACUAA